UGCACUUCCUUAUCUUGCUAGAUGUUUUUCCGGUGCGCUGUACCACGUGUCUGUCCGCCAUGACACUUGCCCUUGAUUAGGUUGUCUAGCAAAUGUGCAGCAAGGCAAAUGUCUGCGUCCAAGACCACAGGUGGCAAAAGUAUAGACAUUUUAAGAAAUUUACCACGGAUAACCCUAGCUAACCUUCGGCCAAAUCCUGGUGCAAGGAAAAAUGAAAAGCGUCGGGGCCGGGGGAUGCAUGGUGGGAAUAAAAGCGGACGGGGUCACAAAGGUGAGCGGCAGCGUGGGAAUCGUCCCCGCCUAGGCUUUGAAGGAGGCCAAACCCCAUUCUACCUGCUCAUUCCUAAAUAUGGCUACAAUGAGGGGCACAGCCGUCGCCAGCAGUACCCGCCACUCACUCUGAGGAGGCUGCAGUAUUUAAUAGACCUUGGCCGUGUGGAUCCAUCCCAGCCCAUAGACCUCACGCAGCUGGUCAACGGCAGAGGAGUCACGAUCCAACCGCUCAAACGUGACUAUGGGGUCCACCUAGUAGAAGAGGGAGCUGACAUCUUCUGUGCUAAGGUGAACCUGGAGGUUCAGCGUGCUUCUGAAGCUGCCAUUGCUGCAGUCGAACGCAAUGGUGGUGUAAUCUCAACCAGCUACUACGACCCUCGCAGCCUAGGUGAGUCACACAGUGUACAUAAACAUAGGAGCUGGAGCGUAAAAUAUGGAACUACUGGACUGCAUAAAAGACAUGGCACAGCAACGGUUGUUUGCAAAAUAUGCAAAGAAAUCCUUGUCAAACCAGUGCCAUUCUUCAUGACCGGCCAGCCCAUUCCUAAGCGGAUGCUUCCCGGUGAAGACCUCCUUCCAUACUACAUGGAUGCUAAUAACCGUGGUUAUCUUGCUGAUCCAGAGCAGAUCCAGGCCGCUCGGCUUGCGCUGGCAAAGAAAUACGGCUACACAUUACCAGACGUAUCAACGGAAACAAUAUGCAAAAUGUUAGCAGAGAGGAAGGACCCGCGACAGAUCUUUUUUGGUUUGGCCCCAGGCUGGGUAGUAAAUUUGGCAGAGAAAAAGAUCCUUAAACCCACUGACAAGGAUGUAUUGAAGUACUACAGUUCAUAAUAUGUAAUGUGGCUUAAUGACACACAAAAGCCAGUUUUCUGAGUGAUAUUUGUGUAAAUAUGUAUUUCUUUUGUUAAUCAGUAAUAAAUUGUCACCAUGCUUAAA